CUUUAACGUUGAAGGCUUUUUACCGGAAAUGAUGUUUUUGUUGUUGUCAGCCCUGGUCAGCUGACCGGAGUUUUUGAGGCGGUCCAUUACGCGCUAAGGCAGAAGCAACAGCGAAGGAGUCCACAGCGAGAGAAACAGAUGUGGAAGAUGCAAGACUACCUCCAACACUGAAUGAAAUUGAUCAUGUCAGGUGGCUGAUUCACCGGAAUUUCUAUCAGCAUCAGUGACCUCUCCAAACUAUGGGCUCCAAGCAAACGUGGUUGUCUUUUCGCAUCUGUGGACAAGUUCUAAUAAAACUUUCUGUUUAAAAUUUCCUGCCUUAGUGCUCUUCACUUUUGCAGCCUUCACUUUGUGGGUGUCCUGCACGCAGUCUGUGGAAAUGGACGGUACAGGACCUGUGCACCCCAGUCUCAACUCAUCAUAUCUUCCUAAUGCACUUGGUAACCAUGAUGAAUCAGAUGAGGAAGACGAAGAGAGCGAAGACCAUAGCCUCUCUGCGUCUCUUCUGCCCCAAAAUUCCCCACCACCUUUGGCUGUGCGCUACAGUCCAGAGGACUCGUACUAUUUGGUGUACAUCAUUUUCUUUCUGAUGGGCAUUGGAUCCCUGCUGCCUUGGAACUUCUUCAUAACAGCUAAACACUACUGGCUCUAUAAACUUAGCAACGACACUCAUCACAGCGGCAAGGAGGAGCAGCAUUCCGACCUCAGUGAUUACUUUGAAAGUUAUCUCUCCAUGGCCUCCACUGUGCCCUCUGUGUUGUGUCUGAUCCUCAACUACGUUCUUGUUAACAGGCUGUCUUCAAAAUUCCGAAUCCUUUCAUCGCUGUUUGUGAUCCUGUUGAUGUUCGCGGUGACCACAGUGCUGGUGAAGGUGGACACGUCAAACUACAGGAUAGGAUUCUUAGUCGUCACACUGGUCAGCGUGGCCAUAGUCAGCGGAGCCUCCAACAUCUUCUAUGGUAGCAUUUUCGGGAUCAGCGGCCGCUUUCCCAUGAGGAUCUCUCAGGCCCUCAUAUCAGGUCAGGCUAUGGGAGGUACACUGAGUGCUUUAGCCUCAAUAGCAGACCUAGCCAUGGCUAAAGAUGUGACAGACAGCGCUCUGGCCUAUUUCCUCACGGCAGAUGUCUUCAUUCUGCUUUGCAUCAUCACUUAUUUGCUGUUGCCCAGGCUGGCAUAUUCAAGACACUACAUGGCGGCGGCAGCAGCAGCAACAUGCAGUAGUCCAGGUGGCAUGAGUGAGGAUGAAGGUGCUGGAAACAAAAUCCCACCUCUGCGACCCAUCCUUAGGAAGAUUUGGCUGCUCGGACUGAGUGUCUUCUAUGUCUUUUCUGUCUCCAUCAUGGUAUUCCCUGCUGUAUCCUCAGGAAUACAGUCUGUCGACAAGGACAGCGGCAGCCCCUGGACAACCACUUACUUUGUGCCUCUUAGCUGUUUCCUCCUGUACAACGUAGCAGAUUUAUUUGGCAGGAUAGCCACAGCCUGGCUGCAGGUCCCUGGUCCCACAAGUAAAGUCCUGCCUGUGCUGGUGCUGUGUCGCUCCGUUAUGGUACCACUCCUCAUGCUCUGUAACUACCAGCCAAGGGACCACCUCCGUACGGUAGUGUUCAAUCAUGAUGUGUAUCCGGUGCUCUUUAACUGCCUGCUGGGUCUCUCUAAUGGCUACUUAGGCACACUGCCAAUGAUCUACGGCCCAAAGGUGGUACAUCGAGAGCUUGCAGAGGCCACAGGAGUGAUCAUGUCAUUCUUUCUCGCUCUGGGACUGGCUGUUGGAUCUGCAUUGUCUGUGCUCAUCGUGCACUAUAUCUGAUCAGGCUGGUACACAGUAACCUGGUCAUGUUCAGGGGUAAAGUUGGUGCUCAUGUGAAUCAGAACUGCAGCAUGCACCAGUAAAGUCAGGUAUCUGCUCGAGGGGAGUUGUCAAUAAGCUUCUUUUUCACUUGACCAACAUGCCUUAAUUUCUUUAUACCUCGCAUUAAUAUGUUUACAUUUAUGAAGUGAUUUGCAAUCACUGCUGUCUAUAAGAAACAACUUAUUUUAAAAUUUAAAAAAAAUCAGAUGACAAUUUUGGAGUACUCAGUAAAUUGUAAAAAUGACAUUUACUUUUUUCUUAAAUACAGGUGAAAAUACAUGGUUAAAGGAUAUCGAACAUGUGGCUUGAUUCUGUCUACCUGCUAUAAACCUCGACACGUCUUGAUGAACAGUUUAAAAAAAAAAAAAAACUCUACAUGCUGUGGUUUGUCUUACUUCUCAGUAUUGCUGUACUCAUUACUACUGGCUGUAUCGAUGGACAACAAAUAAAACUCUGGGAGAGGUUUUAUUUGUGUGAGGAUCAUUAGUUUUUAAUACAAGUACACCAUUGUCUUGUCAGAGACAGUUUCAUACUUUCCUCACAGCUUCCUUAAUCUGAGUCUCUAGCAUUUUUUUUCAGGAUGCAGCAGACAGCACACAAAGACUUAGAGCAGAGCUGAUCGAGUGCAGCAGCAAAGAAUAGGCCCAGCAAAGACUCAAACACCCACUGGAGGGCACAUAUAUUGGACUUUAUUUGUAUUGUUAUUAAGUUUUACACCUUUUCCUACUAAUAAAUACUUUCCCUCCACUGAGACAGAGGUUUUCCUGUUUUGUUUUUUUCCACAAGGUAGUUUGCUUUUAACAAUGUUUCCCUUGUGGGGGGGUUGUGAAUUAAACUGCCAAAUUUCCUUGGGCAAGAUACUAAAUGUCACUUCGUUGGAUGGAUCCACUGGAGUGUGAACGUUAGAAAGCAUUAAAAGUAAAGGACUUGUGUAAAUGAGUAAUGCUGUGUGAAGAUUUGGGUGCUAAGGCUGAGUAGAAAAGCGCUAUAUAAGAACCAGUCCAUUUACCGUAGUUUUACCAAAGUUUGAGGGAAAUGCCAGUCACAAUACAAGGAAAACAAACAAACUAUAGAUUGGGAAUCGCUUUAUUUGUUAAAAAGUUUGCACUGUAACAAUUACCUCAGCGUUUCAAGCAGACAUUUAAUUCUGAGAAGUCUUUAGUGCAUUAGAAGCACACGGAUUUACAAACAGUUAAAGAGUGAAAGAGUUAAAUGUGAACUCAAAUUACACUCUGAUUAACCUCCAGUGUCAGCUCAUAAAAAAAACAACAAAUAUCUCUACAAAAUAUAAAUGUUUCAGAGAGAUUUAUUACUGCAGAUUUACAGAUACACUAAUGAACUAAAUAAUUUGUAUUUGCAAAGAGUACCACAAUAGGGAAGAAAGCAAAUCUAGCUUUGGGGUGGGGGGGAGUGGGGCAGAUGAUUUACAGCCAAUAUCCAAAAUGUGAAAAUUGUGUUCUUGUUUUCACCUCUCCCAGUAAGAAAGUGCAACUCAAAUGAUGCCAAUUUGAAUAAGUAGACAGUGAAGCAAUUGUGGGCCACUAUACAUGUAAAUACUCCCCCCUGCCCAAUAAUCCAACACUUUGUUGGAGGGGGGAAAAGAACAAAACACUAGUCCCUUUCCACCAUAACAUCAUUCAAAAUAUCAAAGUUAAUUUAAACACGAAAAUUAACAGUGGGAA